UGAAUGGCAACUUGCUAACAAACGAACACAAAUUGAUGUUUUGGUAGGUCUGCAUCAGCUCAGAUGUUUGGUCUACUGAGUGGGAUUCGAGUUAUUCUACACUAUGUUCAGUCCGGCAUUACUAAACGGGAGACUUUUUUAUAUAUAGUGUCGGGAUCAAGUUGUAUUUUUGUUACACAUUCGAAUGUCAGUAAAACAAUUUAUUUUCAGUGAUAAAAGGAGCAGCCAAUAAGCCAAGAGGUGGAGCUGUUGCACCACUCGUCUCCAGAGUUGACGUGGAAAAUUCAAUCCUCCAUGACACAUCCAAAACCUUGCAUUUGCACCAUCAACCUUUAUCGGUGACUUCCAAGGGACUGCAAAGUAGGCUCAAGCUCAGCAGCACCAGCCGUUGUUUUUGUUGAUGUUGUUGUGGCUCUCAUCAAGCUGACCAACAUAUUACACUAAAUGAAUCAAGUUCUGCUGGAAGAAGGGCCUGCAAAUGUGGACAGGACCAAGAUCAGGUCACCGGGUGGUUUGCAGAUCUUAAUUUGUCCCAAUAGGAUUAGCUGUUGCAAGCUGUGACGCGCCGGCAGCACCUCAGCACGUUAACAAUAUUCGCUCCAAAUACAUGGAACAUACUUGAUUCCCUUGGACUGUGAUUUUUUUUUUAAAUGUAUGUAAUAAGUUGUAUUUCCAGUUAUGAUUCAAUUAAUGGGGUGAUGCAUCGUAUAUUUCAAAAGUGCAGCAUCAAGUGGGUUUAAUGGGGCUGCUGGAUAGACUGUCGGGCUGGCUUGGCCUGAGGAAGAAGGAAGUCAACAUUUUGUGUCUGGGACUGGACAACAGUGGCAAAACUACAAUCAUCAACCAGCUGAAACCAGCUCAUCAUUUGAAUCGUUUAGGCCCAUUCUCAGAGGAGUGGAAACAUGUUAGUCAGACACCGGGACAAGAAAUAGUCCCAACAAUUGGUUUCAACAUUGAAAAGUUCAAGAGUUCAAGCCUUUCCUUCACAGUAUUCGACAUGUCUGGCCAAAGCAGAUACAGAAAUCUUUGGGAGCACUAUUACAAGGAAAGCCACGCCAUCAUAUUUGUCAUCGACAGCAGCGACAGACUUAGAAUGGUUGUUGCCAAAGAGGAGCUUGAUACUCUUCUCAACCAUGGCGAUAUCUGCAGUAAAAAGCUGCCCGUGUUGUUCUUUGCAAACAAGACAGAUCUACGAGAUGCCAUGUCGUCUGUCAAGGUCUCCCAGAUGUUGUGUUUGGAGAAUAUCAAAGACAAACCUUGGCAUAUCUGUGCGAGCAACGCUAUCGAGGGAGAGGGCCUGCAGGAAGGGAUGGACUGGCUCCAAGGUAAUGUGUGCAUUUAUAAUGCUAUACUGUACAUUCAUAGUAUUCAAACGUAUGAAGAGGUCAGACGCAGAAGUAGCUAUAUCCACUAUCUAAAUAUCAUUAUACUGUAUAAUAUCUACAGAAGCAAUAAAAAUGGAUAUACCUUCUUUUGCGUCUGAACUCUUUAUAUGUUCAUGCAUUUGAAUGAAUAAUACUAUAUGCAUCCUGACUACCAUCCUUACUUAGAUCUUUUUUAUACCCAUAGAACAAAUUGCACAGUAAGUACUAUAUCGGCGUUUUGUGAUUGUUGUAGCAGUUUCGUGUUGUGUGCUUUGUCCCUAAAAUCAGCAUAUUAAAGUCAAACAACACCGAAGGAUCUUAAUUCACAAAAACAAACAAAAUAUGAACUGGCACAAUUUACCUCCCACCCUCACUCACUCCCUUUAUGAGAGUAACAUCCUUGACUUUCCCUGGGAUCAGUUUUAAAUCUUGUUCCACAAGAAUACACAAGAAUAAGGGUCAUCAGCGCACUUAAAAUGUUUGUUUUUUCCCUUUUAACAAGGUCAUAUGAAAACAACGACCAGAUGAAUGAGUGAAAUGCAAAUGGGGACGGAGAGGAGGACGCUCAUAUCUCAUUGAGAAAUUCUAUCCGUCAAGGUUUGAGCUUUGUGUCAUAGGGUACACAGUCGGUAUUUUUGAUGCAUGCUAAGAUAUUUUUGAAAAAACUGUAGGGUUACAGUAUAUUUUUUUUUGAGUAUUUAUGUGUUACAGUAUUUGUACGAAACAAUUUUGUUACUUGUUCGGGUUAUCUCUGUGAGACAUUUAUUUUAAGUCUCUCUCUCAUAUGUGUGUGUGUAGAUGUACCGAGUAUAUUAUCAUCAAAAUACUGUCUUUUGACACCAAGAACUGAAAUACAGUUUGACAUACAGUUUAAAUGGCAUUUUGAUCUGUAUGCAACAAUAUCAGUACCAUCCUAGUAUAUAUGAACACUAACUUUUCAUACAUUUUUUUUUU